AUGGGACUAUUCAAAAUUGUUCCCCAUGAUGAAUCCCGAAGGAUUUUCGUCAGAGCUGCGACAACAGCGGAAUUGAUCAACACUGCUAAAGAGAAAUUAAAACUCGUCGGUGAAAAAUAUCAGCUGGUAUUACAAGAGGAUGGCACAGAAAUUGAUGACGACGGAAUAUUGCUGGAGAUGGCUAGUAAUGCAUCAACAACAUUGGCACUCAUGAUAUUACCGGAAGGAAUUUCUUAUGCAUCUAGACUUGGAGAAACCUCUACAUCAGUAGGUACUGCUGCUUCAGUUUCGUCGUCAUCGACUAUUAUCUCCCAAGCUGACUUUGAAAAUGAUCGCAACUUAUGGAGUGCCUUUCCAUCGGCAUUGUUGGCUGCUGCGAAAGAUGACAAGCUCGCAACCGACGAUCAACGUCGAGAGCUAGUGAGGAAUAUCUGCCACUACGUGUUUGAUAUCCAUGGAGACACUUCGCGUGGUACUGCUGUGGCGAUCGCCAAAACCAUCUGCUCGAAGUAUCGGGCAACAUUUGUAAAUGCAAUUGAUGGUGUAGUCAUCGAUUCUGGCUGGGAGUCCCUGUCUGCGCAAAUUUACUCAGCGAUAAAUUAUCGCAAAGCUAGAGAGCGCUCGAAGAGGUCAGCGCCACCGCAGGGUGCAGAUCCCGAUGACGAAGAUGACGACCACAACAACCAAAGACCCUUACCUCAACCGAUUCCGUAUAAGCGUGACGAGUAUGGAUGUGUGGAAUUUCAACCACUACUUGAGGAGGGUGAAACCCCUGCCACUCAAGAAACUAAACGUAAAUUGUUGAUCACACUUCAUGAAGCGUCACCUGACAUUAUUGGAGAAGAGGUUAAACAGCUGAUGAAUGACACCUAUGCAACUCAGCGUCUUGUUAUAAAUGAAUGUUCCCGAGGGAAUGGUCUCACUGUAUCAUUUUUUAAAAAAUGGCCAUUUCUAAAGAAUGCUGCAGUACUGCUGUCACACGCACAACGCUUGUUGGGAACUCAAGUGGAGGAAGUUUGGAGUCGUAAUCUGUUGCAAACUGCUCCAAAGAUUCGUAAGUUCUGCAAGUAUGAGUAUCUGACCCAAGUAAUGACAGCCCAGAAGAGAGGUAAAGAAUUGCCUGAUAAAUUUGUCAAAAACACCAUCAAAGAGGCAAAACGUCAAGCCCGCGAGGUCACCAGGAGUGAACUGUCACUGACACUUGUCAUGUUCCCCCUGCUUGUACAAUACUUUGAGGAAGUCCAGGAUUUCUUAUAUGUUAUUGUGGAGAGUACCCUUAUGAUUGAGGAGAUUGUUGCCAACAUCAACAAUACAGCCACUACAAUGAUUAUACGAGGAACUUCUCUCUACGAUGAGAGAGCCUCGUGUUCAAUUCUGUUGGAUAAACAAUUUGGAGUGAAAGUGGCCAACAUACUCGAAGGUUUCUUGCUCACAUUUCUCUGCUACUUCAUCUUUGGAUGCAAGUAUCCAAAAGAACUGCAAUGUACGCUGGAAUUUGUUCAAAGAGUUAUCAUGCUCAUUAAUCCACUGGAGGGAAGUAAACGUAAAUCCAAAAAACGGAAGCAAACUUCGUAUGAGCCGAAAGUCCUCAAAUUGAUUAAGAUGCUGAAGGAGAUCAAUACAGUUGAUCCAUAA